AUGCCUUCAAUCGGAAAAAACUUCUUCCAAAAACAGCACUCAAAUCGCGCAGCCGCGCCGGCCCUCGCUCCUGGCGUGGCUGGCUCUGGUGGCCCGGACUCACCCCGCCUCAGCAUCUCCCCGCCGAUCGCUCUCCCCGGCUCAGCUGUAUACACACAUCCUACGAUACCCACGCUCUCGCAGACCAAUCUGAGCAACAGCAACAGCAACAGGGCAUCCAUUCAACUGGUCCCGUCCGAACGACAGGAGUCAGCAUUGUCUCCCUCGUCCCUCCAUCAACAUUCGUCUCCGCCAGCGAGACUGGGGGAGUUUGCGGCUGAAUACCAACCGCAACAGCAGCAACAGCAGCACCCGCCGCCGUACCAGCAUCAGCAGCUGCAACAACUGCAACUGCAACAACAACACCAGCAGCAGCAACCGCAACAGCAACAACAACACCAGCAACACCAACACCAGCAGCAGCAACCGCAACAGCAACACAACAACGGUGGGGGUAGCACUAUCGACCUGAGCGAUAACUCCACCAUCAACAACAACAACAGUCACCCCUCAGCUUCAUCCUCUGUCACAUCGCUCGCAUCUGCCGCCCGCCAAUCCACACAAAGCACCACCACCACCACGACGUCGAGCCGCAAGCCAGGCGGGUUUAAUCUAUUUUCGUCCUCGCGUGAUAAGUCUGCUGCUACUCCGUCUUCCCCGCAACCAGGUGGAGGGGGUGUCGCCGGUCUCGGUCGCAGGAUUUCGGUGAGACAUAGUAAUAAACAUCAACCACCACAGCAGUCCGCCGCACCUCCGGACCCUCAGCCCUAUCAACCGCAACAGCAGCAACAGCACCAUCAACACCAUCACCAACCUCAGACCGAGGAACCCCACCCGAACCCGUAUCUACAACAACAACCCCUGCCCCCACGGCCCCAGUCAAUACUUUCCACCCCAAGGGAAAACGAAGUUGUAGACUACAAUCAUCAGCGAGGCGGGGAAUACACGAGCGACCCGCAACGACAGAGUAAUUUUGGUCCACCGCCAGGUCGCCAGUCGGUGUACUACGAGCACGGUCAGGAGUACCAGCAGCAGCAGCAGAAGCAACAGCAGCAACAACAACAACAACCACACCCUCAACAUCAACAUCAGCAGCAACAGCAGUCGUUCGAUUAUCAACAGCAACCACAGCACAAAGAACAACAAAGACCAGUGGACGCCAUGGUACAGCAGGGUCCUCCAGUCCGCGGAUCUUCGUCGCUUGGCCAACAGAUACAACAGCCGCAGCCACAACAGCAGCAAUACGCACAGCACCAAAGCAACCCUAGUUAUAGUCAAAAUCAAGCUGGCGUUGGUGGUGAUGGACAGCAGAUCCAAGUGCCCCCGGGAUACAACCAAGAGCAGACGGGACGAGCAACUCCCGAAGUACGUUCGCAAUCUCGAGCUGGAGAUAUGCAAAAUGCCGAGCUCCAGGCAACUCGACAGGAACUGGAAACUUUGCAAACCAAAUACCGCAAAGUGAAGUCGCUCUACUUUGACCGCAGCGCCGAAAUUGAGCGUCUCCAGAACACACUCGCCCACCAGCGCCUAGCACAGUCCCGCACGUCACUUGAUGACAACGAAUACACGUCGCGCUUCGAACGGCUUGAUGGUGCAAUCAAGAAUGUCGCUUUCGAGAUUCGCCAGUCGUGGAAGACGAUCCCUUCUUGGCUGCAUGGUGUCAUCAAUGCUGGAGCGGCUGGCAAGGGAGGCAGAGAAAUGACAGUAGUCGGUCGGGCGUCUAUCUCCAGAUGGGUGGUCGACGAGAUUCUGGAACAAUUCUUUCAUCCUGCCCUGGAGUCAAAUCUGUCGAUGCAGCUCAAGGAGAUCGAACGCAACAUCCGGCUGCUAUCGCCCAUGCCCCAAACCGGGGAGGAACAUGAUGCACUUAGCGUCAAGGUGUGCAAUUGGCGUCUUACAACCCUUGAUUCCCUGCAUGCGCACAUCAACAGCGAACGCGGCACCGAGGCUCGCCAGCAGCUUGGAGCGCUGUUGGUCAACAAGCUUUUCACCGCUCUACAGUCCCAUCUCAACGACCCUCCACCUCCGGGGCUCAUGGGCGGCAUCCAGAUGGUUGUCGACAUCGCCAUCGGCUUGGCCGCCAACCUCCCCGUCGAGUCCAGAGAAGUGAGAGUGUGGUACCCCCUUCCGGGCGAUCGCUACGACGCCAAGUUCAUGAAGAUCGAGGGUGGCCUUCCCCCACUUGGAACUCCGAUGAACGCCCAGCCAGAAGGCGACCUGAUGCAGACGGACAAUGCGAGCAAUGAUACAACCGACCAAGCUUCCAUUGCGUCCAAAGACGACGCCGCAGCCCGCGCGGGCAUCACGGGAUUGCCGGCCCAGAAGCAGGGACAACAGCAGCAGCAGGGCAAGGCGGUAGGCGGCGAGAAGGGCUUCGGCGAAAAGGUCAUGAAGCGGCUCCAGAGGUCUACUGGGCCACAGGCUCCCAGUGGCGCUGCUCAGGGCCCUACCGGCAACGGAAAGUCGCAGCAGCAACAGCAGCAGCAGCAGCAGCCAGUACAGGCCCAGUCUCCGUUGCUCCAGCAGGCGGGCGAGCCGUCGGAUGGCGAUAGGCUCCGCGUGGCUGGGUUCAUGGCCGUCGAGGUCAGGGGGCGCAGUAUUCUGGUUAAGGCGCCAGUGUGGAUCUAA